CCCAAUGGGCGCGGAGUGGGUGUGUGCUUGGGGGGGCCCCGAGUUUUCGGGCGUUUCGGUGGCGCCACCACGGCGGUGUCGGGUCAGCAGCGGCGCUCAGGGGCCCAGACCGGCGGCCGGGAGCAGCCUAUAGACUGUGACAUGGAGCUGGAGGCCGUGCUGAAGGAACGAGGGGGCGCGUCCGCCGGGGAUCCCGCCCGGGUGCUGGGAGCUUGGGUGAAGCGUGGAUGGCCGGCUGCUGCUGGAGGGCCCGGCGCUGCUGACACCGAACUGAACGCUGCUGAGUCUACGACCAUGGGCCGGGCCCGGGAGCUGGGCAGUAAGGGGAGCCCCGCCGAUCUGGAGUACGAGGCGCUCCCGGAGGGAUCCACCGUCACUACACACAUGCUGGCGGGAGCCGUGGCCGGGAUCAUGGAGCACUGUCUCAUGUACCCUGUGGACUGUGUCAAGACCCGCAUGCAGAGUCUGCAGCCUGAUCCCGCAGCCCGCUACCGCAACGUCAUGGAAGCCUUGUCCAAAAUCAUCCGCACCGAAGGAUUCUGGAGGCCGAUGCGGGGAAUGAAUGUUACCGCCACCGGCGCAGGGCCGGCCCAUGCUCUCUAUUUUGCCUGCUAUGAAAAACUAAAAAAGACACUGAGCGACGUUAUCCGCCCUGGGGGCAAUAGCCAUAUAGCUAAUGGGGCCGCAGGAUGUGUAGCGACACUGUUACAUGACGCAGCUAUGAAUCCUGCUGAAGUGAUCAAGCAGAGGAUGCAGAUGUACAAUUCCCCCUACCGGCGAGUCACUGACUGUAUCAGGGCGGUGUGGCGGAAUGAGGGCGCUAGUGCCUUUUACAGGAGCUACACAACCCAACUGACUAUGAACAUCCCGUUCCAGGCCAUACACUUCAUGACAUAUGAGUUCUUGCAGGAGAGUCUUAAUCCCCACAGACAGUACAACCCCUCCUCCCACAUGUUCUCUGGGGCUUGUGCGGGAGCGGUGGCGGCUGCAGUCACCACACCAUUGGACGUUUGUAAGACUUUACUCAACACACAGGAAUCUUUGGCCUUGAACUCCCUGAAUGUGAGUGGACAUAUCACAGGCAUGGCUAAUGCCUUCAGGACGGUUUACCAAAUAGGUGGCGUGACUGCCUACUUCCGGGGGGUCCAGGCCAGGGUCAUCUAUCAGAUGCCCUCCACAGCCAUCGCAUGGUCUGUGUACGAGUUCUUCAAAUACAUCAUCACCAAGCGCCAGGAGGAAAGGAGGGCCGGCCACUGAGACGCACUGGCAAGGCACACGAUUCAGAGAAGCUCCAGACACAAGUUACUGAAUGGUUCCUAGGCUUUUAAUGUUUUAUCGCUCUUAGCAUGAGAGGCCUCUGCCCUCCACCCAAUACAACGUGCAGAAACAAACCGAUAGAAUGUCUCGUUCUUAACCAGUUCUGGUGAUAUAAUUUUUCUUCUGAUUUGUCAUGAAUGUUCAACACCAAGCACUACCAUACCUGCCAAAGCUACAGGGCCCUUAUGUUAACACCAUAUACGACCCUAUCGAUGCCUCCAUGCUGUUUAAACCCCUAUGGCCGCACCUAUACCUUAAGACCAGGCUAGAAACAGACCUUGGCUGGAGUUUGCCCAAUCAUCUCUGAGCAGAGCCGUGUGCAUAUAUGUUUAAUACCCGUCUGUUACAGCAGUAACCCUACAAGGGGGCACAUGGAAAGCUUCCAUCUUUCGGCAUGUACUCAAUAAUGUUUACCAUUGUUUCCUAUAGCAGUGUCCUUACCAAAGUCUUGUCUCAAGACCUAACAGAGUCACCCAGGCCGUUGUCACCACGCACACGAUAAAGCACUUAUACCACUUUGGCGGCUAGAGACUUUUUUUUUUUUGUUAAUCCUGGGAGAUUAUUGUAUACUGUUUUAGUAGGCCAAUUCACUUCCUUGACCUAUUUUUGUAAUACGAUGUCAUUUUCGAUGUUCUAAAUUUAAAGACCCAACCACCUCCGUGAAAUAAAACGGCAAGAGCCCCCCACAUGCUGCUAUAUUGCGUCAUGUCUCGUAGUAGUGUGCGGACCAGGCCUUGUUCCAGUGCGCUUGUCAUAGGGCAUGCAGGGAGUAUAGAACAUCGGCGCACAUCUGUUUCCUGGAAGAGAUGCCUUGUUUUGCAUACAGCAAACGUUCUUCUUUGUCUUCUAAUGACGACCUAAUGGGUGCGCACACAAUUUUUGUCCUCCCGUCAUUUACACAACUGAUGACUAUGAAUGUGCGAUAUCAUCUGCUGUAGACGUGUCCUCGUAAUCAUGGGUACGUUUUUUUUUUUUUUUUUCAGUUCUUUCUUUUGCAGUCUGGGUUCUCAUUUUAGCUGGUGGAUAAAAUGUGUAUUUCGUUUUCUCUACCGCUAUAUAACUGCAUUGGGGGGGGAAGUGUACUUGGUUUCUGGGUCUGCUGCUCUUAUGAUCUCAUCCAAAACUGUACUCUGAUUUUUAUUUUUUCCUGGUCCAAAUGCACAUUAAAAAAGAAAUUGAGACCGUGAAUAACAAA